AGUGAAAAGAUGUUUGUUACUUGGCUAAUGUUUGUUGGUAAAUGUCCGCAUAUUCGGUGCUUAAGAUUAAUUUGUAGGAAAAAAGCGUAUAAAAAGUAAUAAAAAAAAUUAAAUAAAUUGUUGAGAGCGUUUGACUUUGAAGUGCGAGAAAAUCCUAACCUUGUUUAUUCUUCUGGAUCUGAGAAAUACCACAAAAAAAAGUUUUUCUACGUGCGAUUAAAUAAGAGAAUGAGUUAAGUUUAAUGAUGGAAUCAAUGGGGAAGAAUGAAUUCCCCCUGGGAGUCUUUGAAAGCUUUGAAGCAAACGGAGCUUUAUUUCAUAGAGAAAAGCUGUCUCCUGAGGCUUUAGACGACCGAGAAGACGACUUUUGGGGGUUUUCUAAUGAAAAUAGCAAGGAUAUUUGCGAAACGAACGUUAAAAUUGGAGCAUGGAUGGACUCAUUGAAAGUAUGCAACGAAAAGAUGGAAUAUUUUAAUUUCGAGCGUUCGGAUAAUGAGCAAAAACGUAGCAUUUUGGUCCGCCAUAACUUUCGUGAUUGUAACUCACCAAAAAUGGAUGAAAAUUUAAAUAAACAGUUAUUAAUUGAUAUUCCUUUGAGCCCGGAAUCUCAAAAAAAGAACGAAUUAUGCUCAUAUUUACAAUUAAUGAACAUGAAUAACACGGAUAAGAAGACUGUAAGUGCUAUACAAAAUCGCCGGUCGAAUAGGGUGAAAAAUUUAAAGAUAAUGAGUGAGAAAAAGAGGAUGGAACAAAAUCUUUUGGAGGAAUUUAAGGAGAGUUUGGAGAAAAAGUCAUUUGUUGAGCUUGGAUUGGAUGUUAAAGAAAGUUUUGAUUUAUCUGAGAGGUUUCAGUUUAAAAUUGAUGCAAUUCCUGAUGAUGUUUUGAGGAAAAUUCAAGAUUUUGAUGAAAUAAUUAUUGAUGUGUAUGGGAGAGAUAUAAAAGAAAGGUUGGAAAAUGAAAAUAAGAAUAAUAAUAAUGUUAAAAAGAGAUUGUUAAAGAAGAAUAAAAAGAAAGAUGUGAAAAUUAAUCAAAAAUAUAGGAAGUCGUUGAGAAGUUGUAUUAAUUUGAAUGAUGUCACGAUAAAAUCUUUAGCAUUAAAAGAAAAAAUUAAAAAAAUUAAGUCACUAAGAAGCUGUGUUAAUUUAAAUAAUGUGGGGAUUAAGUCGCUUGCUUUAAAUGAAAGGAAAAUUAGGGAUAUUAAAAGAAAAAAGCUGCAGAAAUUAAUUCGAUUUAAUAAAAAGGAGGUGAGAAAAAUCAAGAAAAAACGUGAGAUUAAAUUGAAUAAUGAAAGGAUUAAUAAUAAUAAAAAAAUAAAAAAGAAGGUUAAAAUUAUUAAAGAUGAAAAUGUUGAGCCUAAAAUUAGAAUGGACAAAGAUAUAUUAAUUGAGAAUGAUUCGCCAAAAAUAAUAAUUCAAAAACAACAAAUUUUAGCUCAACCAAAUGAUACAAAAGAAAUUUGUGAACCUAGAAAGUUAUAUUCGCCAAAAACGGCGAGAUUGUUAAUGAUUUCGAGGUUAUCUAAAGAUUUAAAGAAUAGUUUUGAUAUAGAUGAUGAAAUAACUAAAAAAAAUGGGGCUGAAGUAAACGAGAAAAUCGAAUAUAAAAAAGUACAAAGAUCUUUGUCUUUCAAUCAAGAUAAAACCCCCAAAAAGAGAAGAAAAAUAUCAUGUUCUAUUGAACCCUAUAUUCCUGAUUCUACGCAAAAUUUGGAUGACUCAAUAUCGUCGAUAUCACCCGCGUCAUUAAAAAAAUUAAGUUUUAAACCUGAAAAAUUAAAUAAACAAACACCCCCAAAAAAUUCCUUCAACAUAAUCGAUUUAUCCCAAAGCUCAUAUAAUUGUUGGGAAGAACACAAUUACAUGAAAUUAUCCCCUGAAGAUGAACACUUCAACAAAGAAUUUUUAUUAAACGAAUCAAGUAGUAGCUCAGAAUUAUCAAACGACGUUGUAAGUUACAAAGAAAUCCCCGUUAUUUUAGAACAAAAAAUAGAUUCAAAUAAAAACGAAAACACCGACGACUGUUUCGAUAUUUCGAACUCAAUUCGUAUAGAUUAUGGGAAAGGAAAAGUCUUAGGGGCGCAUUAUAUAGGGUAUAAUUUAGUUUUAGUUCAAGAACAAUUGGUUUCAUUUUGGACGCAAAGUCCUUUGGGGAAUAUGUUGGGUGCUCAAAAUUUGUGGGUCUCAAAAGGAAACGUUCAAAGAUUACCUUUAGAUAAUAAUUACACGAAAUGUAAAGAAUCGAGACAAGUCGUCGUUAAUUUCGAUAACAAAUCGUGCGCUUACAUCGAAUUAUGGACGAAAGAACACAAAUCCGAAAAACGGGAAUUACCGCUCGCGGAUGUUUUUGCGACGGUUUAUUUUUGGACCAGUCGAAAUUCGCAACAAGAAUUAAAUAAGAAAUUAUUACAAUUAGCUAAUAUAAAAGGGAACAUUGAGGAUGUUCAAUAUGUGGUGCUUCGAAAUUCACGAAAAAUCAUCGUGAGUUGGGUCGAAAAUCACUCACCUUCUUCAUUAACAACAACCAUAACUUGUUAUACUUUAUCCCCUGAUUAUCAAGCUGUGCUAAAUGUGUUAGAGAUGACCUCAGUUAAUCAUUAUAUACGAUCUUUACACACCAUGGGAGAUUAUGGAAACUUCGUCGUCGGUUUUGGCGAAAAUAUAUUAAUUUUAUGGGAGUUGGAAUAUGGGGAAGUAUUCGAAACCGUCGAAAUAAACCAAAAAUACGCAAAUCCUAAGUUGUUGUGGUUAGAACGAGAUCGGGGGUUAUUAUUUUUCGUCCAAUACCACAGUUUUCAAAGGAUAUUAAUGUUAGUUGCUGUAAAUGGUUACAGCAAAGAAUCAAAAAGAUUACAAGUUUUUCGAAUUCCAAUAGGUUAUGAUGAGUUAAAAGGAUUAUGUGUGGAUAAUAACAUGUUGGGUGCGGUGUUUGAAAACGGAUUAAUCUGUUGGAAUAUAAAAACGGGUGAUGAGAUAAUAGCCGAAUUAUCGUCCCAUUCGAAUUUGAUGCCAUCAAAUAAACACGUGAUUGAAAUUCGAUCUGAUGUGGUGGAAGUAUCACAUUUUCAAUCGUACUUUUUAACGAAUUUUGAUCUACAAACUUAGUUGGAAUAGUUUUUGUGUUAUAUAGUUUGAGCAAUUAAUUUAUUUUGUGCAAUUAAUUUAAAAAAGAAAUGAUUUUUUAAUCCUUAAAGAUUGAUUUUUUUAAUUUAAUCGGUUAAUUUAAGGAGAAAAUUAAGGAAAGUGUACAAAUAACACUAAAUUGUAAAUAGAGUAGGUUAAGAAAGUAUUUUGUAAAAUCGAUAAAAAUAAAUUCUUUUUUUCUAUUAGGAAAAUAAAUCUUUCGUUACUUUAAA